AUCUGGGGGAAACAAAUAUGACGGCCGGUUUUGACGUUGUCUCGUGUCUGCAGAUGAGCAACCGCACCGCAGAUAGAAUUACAAACCUCGGGUGAAUCUGGAGUGUGAUUUAUUUCUUUUUUGCCUGGAGAGAAAGACGGGGAUUUAAUCCAGGUGGCGGCGCGUAAUGGGAGAAAAGUUUCGGACCUUGCAGAGGAGACGCACCGGCAGCAUCCCGCCGACGACGUGUUUGUAAAUAACAUGUGAUUUUUUAAUUUUUUUCCCCCCGCGACUGACGAAGUUUGAGAGUGAUUUUCAAACCUCCAGCAUGACUUGAAACACCUCCGGAGGGUUAUCGGAACUUCGAGCAUCGAGCGCAGUUAACGAUCCAUGAACCGCCGACACGAUUUGUCCAAAGACGCGCAGACGGACAUUGAUGAUCUAGAGAGGAUUUCUGCAGCAGCAGCAGCAGCGGCGGCGGCGGCGCACUGAAAGCCUGAUCACAGUUAGAAAGAAAGACUCUUCUCCCCUCCCCUGGAUGUCUAUGAUGUUGUGCCAGCUCGGGCAGAGGUGUGUGAUGGAGGUGGUGGUGCUGACCAUCCUGUCCUGGGUGUCCGUGUGGGCAGAGGAGAAGAUCAUAUUUGACAGACACGCUGUUUACUGGAACAGCUCCAACCCCAAGUUUUGGCACGGAGAGUACAGGGUGGCGGUGAACAUCAACGACUAUCUAGACAUCUACUGUCCUUACUAUGAGGGUCCACCGUCCCACGGGCGCAUGGAGCGCUACAUUCUGUUCAUGGUCAACCACGAGGGCUACACCUCCUGCCAGCACAGGAUGCGCGGCUUCAAGCGCUGGGAGUGCAACCGUCCCAGCGGUCCUGACGGGCCCCUGCGCUUCUCAGAGAAGUUCCAGCUCUUCACUCCGUUCUCCCUGGGCUUCGAGUUCAGGCCUGGACACGAGUACUACUACAUCUCGUCUCCUCACCCAAACCAUGUGGGGCGGGCAUGUCUAAAGCUGAAGGUGUAUGUCAGACCUCCAGAUGGCUCGGGAUACGAUUCUCCGGAGCCCUUCCUGACUGACGGGGGUCCGAGCUGGAGGGCAGGGUCCACGGCCCCGUUAGCUGUUCUGGCCUCACUGUCCCUGGGACUCCUCUACUGGCUGUGA